UUCAGAAAUGUGUGAAAGCCCCGCUCUUAAUCAGCAGCUUCAAUGUGUGUGUGGAGAGCUUCUGGACGUGAUCUGAUCUGUGUGACUGAGUGCCAAACACAAGAUGACAUGCCGUGACAUGCGUGUUCAUCUGUGAAUUCACACACCUGUACUGUACUGUACCAGUUUUCCAGACAUCAGGUCAGAAUGAAGUGUCCUCAAUGCAAUCACACAUCUUCGGAAAAUAAUCCAAAAUUCUGCAGUGAGUGUGGCUUUAAACUGUCACUGCAGUCCUCUGUGAAAGCACCAGACAAGCCACAAGACCAGUCUCAGACAUCCUCAAACAUUCACCAUACCACUGAUGUAGAAAUGACUGAUAUCGGGCCUGACUCUGUAUCACUGGAUAACAAGAACUCCAAUAUAUCUCCAAAACGACCAAACGAAGAUGUCAUCCCCAUUUUAAAGAAAAAGAAAAGAAAGAAAAAAAAGAAGAAAGUGAAAGCAUGUGGUGGGGAGGGGCCUUCGUCACUGACCUCUGACCUCUCUGAUAUAUCUCUGACUGAUAAAGAGAUGAGAAUGGAGGAAGUGUCUUCUGACAGUGAGGGUUCAAUCUGCACUGUGGAUGAAAAAUCCUCUGAGCUGAACCCACCAGAGAGUGAAACUGCUGGGCCAAAACAACUAAACGACCCUGCUACACCCAUCAGUGCUGGUGCUGGUCAGUCUGUUGAGCAGUCAAAAGGUAGCGAGGAGAGUUUUGUAACAACUGGAAUGACAGAAACAUCUCUGUCGCAGUCAAACCAAGAGCUGGGUAGGAACACAAGUGUUGAGAGCACCAGCACCACCAAAGCUUCUCCAGAAGUGUCUGAGGAUGCAGCUCAGAAGACUGAAAAAGAGAAGCCGAAAUCUAAGAACAAGGGUCUGAAGAUUAUGAGCACAAGCGCACAAACAGCUCUAGAUGAGAAUGCUAAUAUGAACCAGAAUGCAAACAUAAAGAGCAGCAGUACAUGCAAUCAAAGGGAGCAAGAUCUUCAGAAUGUGGAACCGCAGAAGAAGCUGCGGUCCAGUGGAGAUUCACAGGUGAAGGUUGAGCACAGUCAGAAGCAGCAGUCUGCUCAUGGGAAGAAAGAUUCUGCCCCUGACAAGAAGAAUCUGCAAACCAAGAAACUACAUGAAAGUGGCGAUACACAAACCAAUAAUGACAAUCAGCAAGCCGCACAUCCAAAAAGCAAUCAGAAUGAGGAACCACAGAAAUCUUCUGAUAAGAAAAUGAUGUUUGGCCCAGAGAGCAGACCUGAGGCAUGGCAAAAUGAGAAUCAGAAUUCCAGUCAGAAGCAGCUGUCUGCUCAUGAGAAGAAAGAUUCAGCAGCUGACAAGAAGAAUCCACAAUCCAACAAACACAGUGAAAGUGAUGAUACACAAACCAGUGAAGAAAGUCAGCUUGUCUUGCCUCCAAAAAGUAAUCCAAUAUCAUCUCAGCAUAUAAACUCCAGUGACAGACUCACCAUUUACUUUCAUGCAGUCCUGUCAAAAGACUUCAAGUUUAACCCAAAAGAGGAUCGGAUCUUCAUAAGGGCUGGUGAUCACAUUGGUGACUGGACAAAAGAUUUGUUUGAGCUGUCUGUGUCACGGGCUCUUGGAGAACAUGGAUUUCUUGUGGAAGGGAACUUUGUAUGUAAAAAAAAAGAUGCAGAAUCUGUGUCCAUACCCUACAAGUAUGUUGUGUAUAAAGCCAAAAAGCAAAAGUAUGAAUUACAAUAUGAAUACAUCUAUAAACUGGAUACAAAUGAAACCACCAACAGAUGUCUGUUUGUCAAACCACAUCUCCUGAAUAAUGAAGGAGAAUGGCAUCAGUAUGACGAUAUCAUAUGUGCAGAACCAGCUAAAGGUAUGUUGAAGCGACUUAAAGAAGCUUUUUGGCCUGACCAGCGGAAAAGUGUAAUCCAGGGGAGAGAAAUUGCUGGCACAAUCAUGCUGGAAAGAAUCUUUGACCUCCUGAGCAGUUGGAGCAAAGUCAACCUCAACAGCUUCUUUACUCAGCUCCGACAGUUUUAUGAAGUCUAUGGAAACCCUUUUGUAUUUGAGAAGAAACAGAUGAGAUGGUCCUCACUGGAUUACAGUGAAAAAGAUGUGAGCAAACUUCUGAAUCAGUUCAUGAUGGAGCAGGUGACUCCAGAGCUACAGAAAGACGCUGAAGGAAAGAGUGCCUUCAUCAGGGAGCCACUGAAGGCCGCUCUCAUCAUGCUCUAUGUGUGGAAACAGUAUCGUCUGGAAUUAGACAAUGGGACUCUCUCUCGUCUCUGUACUGCCCUCUGCCUGCCAAAACUACCUAAAGAUGAAUUCCUGCCUUUCUGGACUGACGUAACCGAAUCAUUCUCAGCAAUAAAAAACUUGUCUGAGAUGGUGGAGGCAUUGAUCAUCAGAGUGAGAGCAGCGGACAUGCCCAAAUGGAUCAUCGUAAUUCCUCUGCUGCACCUUCUCAAAGGCACUUCAAAACCAUUUGAGCCUGUGUUUCAUAAGGUCAACUCUACAUAUGAACAGAGCUGGGCUGGCCUGCAAGGACUCAAAUCACGUAAUGUGGUUUCCCUCAGAAACCAAGAACGAAGGGCCCUGUUGAAUUUGAUGAAGACACAUGGACAUUUGGUGGAGGUGGAUAGACUGCUGGCUCGGACUUGGAUGUAUCUGAUGACAAUUGAUGAGCUGUUUGAGUGCAGCUCCAUCAUUCAUGCAGAGCUCUUAGACAUCCUGCAGGCUUUCAUCAUGAAAUGCCCCAAUGACAUAUCCUACAGCACUUCCACAAGUGUUUCGGAGACACUGGCAAACAUUCAAAGUCAAUUGCUUGAAAACGGAUACAGCUGUCCCAGUGAGGAUUAUGGCGUGCAGUGUCUACAAGCAACUGGCAAACUUCUAGAGAAGAUCUGCAAAGAAGUCCGUAACUUCUCCUAUGGACAAAAUUUCACUGACAUUCCUGUUGCUUGCAUGGACCUAGUCGCCUCUGUAUCACAACUUACCCAGAUGACACAACAAGCAGACACUUUUCCUGAAAAGACUCUUGUAUUACUCAAUGAGGCCAAGCAAACCAUCAGAACAUGGAUCAGUCAAACUUUCAAAGGCAGGAUUUUGAGCAGUGGAUACAUGACUGUAGAUUUCACAGCAGAGAUUGAGAUCUGGAACAACAUUAUAGCCAUAGAUUUUAUGAAUAAGACCUUCACUAAAGAAUGGAGAGAGACUUUCAAACGGGACUUUGAGGGGAAAUAUCAACAGGAAGAUCCUCUUGAUCAAAUCCAGGUUUAUUGCUCAAAGAUUGAGAAACUUCAUGACUCGCAUCCUCAUUUGGUGGGUAGUGUUGAGAAGAGUUCUCUCCAAGCUGUUACAACAAUAUGCCAGACUAAAUCUGAGGGGAGGCUUUUUGAGAGAUUCAGUAGAUACAGAGUAAACUGGAAAUUUGGAAAGCUUGUGUCCACCAUCAUCCUAAAGUCCUGGCCAAGAGAUGACAAAGGGACGUAUCUGGACGAUGAAGAAGUGAUUCUCCAACAUCUUAUGGAUUGGACUGCCGCCAAAAAUAUUUUUCAGCUUCAUGGCGCUGAUGAAAAAAUGUUUGAACAGCUUUCUGAUGAGGCUAAAGAGAAAUUUGACAUGGCAACCUCCGUAUUCACAAACGUUUUAAAUCAGCUUGUCAACGGGAAAAUCAAGAUAAAGCUUCUCAAUCACAUCCUCCAUAAGCAGAGCACUUUCUUAGAACUGCUUGAUUUAGACUGUUUUUGUGACAGUGAACAAUACAAGGACACCAAUGCCAUGAAGAGGCUCCUUCAGUCUAGACAAAAGGAGGUGAAGGCUGUUUAUCAUGAGAGCACGCUAGUGGAGGUUCUCAUUACAAUGUGCUGCAAUCUACAGGAACAUGUGACAGAUGUCCUCUCUUUUACAGUUGAUUUUGAAGGGUUGGAAGAAAAACACAAUAUUGACAUUGAUGAGAAAGACCUGGACUGGUUCAUGGAAGUUCAUUUAUUAAACCAAAUUCCCACUGAAAAUUCGGGAGUAGUCACCUACUUUAAGCUUGAUGAUGAGAUCCAAUUUAUGGCAGAGAUCCUAAACACCUUUAAGGACAGCUACAUUUUCAAAAUGUGUUGGGUGAAUGAGGCUAAAAAGUAUGUCAUGAGAAGGAAUGAUGAUGAAGAUGCUGAGGAAUCUAACCCGGAGGAUGAAUUGUUUAUUACACUUGAAGAGAUUUACAAUGACGUAUUUGAGCCAUGCCACGAUGAAUACAAAAACAUAUACAAAGGGCUUAGAGAUGGUAGCAUCACUUUUGAAGAUGUUGAUGUAACUUUCAAAGCCUACAAGGGAAAGUAUGAUGAACUGGCAGCGGAUUUUGCAAUCAUGUGCAAACUGGACCUCAGUGAUGGCCAACGAUGGGUCCAGACAAGAAUCCAGCAGAUCGAGCAGUACCAUGAGCUAUAUCUUGCAGUAGCAUCAGCUCAGGUGGUAACGAUGGUCAAACAAACCCUGUGCCUACAAGGAGACUUUCAAGUCUUGGAGAAGUUGCUUGUGGCUACACACUUGGAUUUUAAAAAGGAGCGUCUUGACAGCAUUGACAAUGAGUUAAUGCAGGCAAAAACUGUUCUUGUAGACAUCACGGAGUCCCGGAGACUGUGCCUUGAGGAGCUAGGCCUCAGAAAGAACUUUGUUAUGUGGGUUAAAGAGGCACUUGAAGACAUAAAUGAGUUGAAAGUAUUUGUGGAUUUGGCCUCCAUCUCUGCGGGAGAGAAUGAUUUGGAUGUGGACCGUGUGGCCUGUUUUCAUGAUGCUGUUCUUGGCUACUCUUCAAUGCUCUAUGAUUUAAAACCAGAUGCUGGCUUUAAGCUCUUUAAAGAGAUGCUGAAGAAAUUGUGGAAGGCACUUGAUAAUGACCCCAACCUCCCCAAAAAAUUGCAUGAUUCUGCUAGGCACAUAGAAUGGUUGAAGACAGUCAAGGACAGCCAUGGGUCAGUGGAGCUGUCUUCUCUAUCUCUGGCAUCAGCUAUCAACAAAAACGGCAUCUACAUCAUCAGUGCGCAAAACCAAAAGAAGUUAUGUUUGGAAAAUAUUAUGAAGCUGCAGAUCAUAGAGGAGAAUGAUGAGGGCAGUGAGACACGCAAUUACUCUCUUGAAGACCUCAGGGACCUUCAAAAUAAAUUGAUGCUAAUGUCUGGCAAAGGAGAUCAAGGCCAAUAUGAAGUCGAUCGAUUUGCAGAGGUCUUUGCCAGUGUGCAGAGGCUGGCCUCUGCAUUUAUGGAUUUAUUUGCUGCUGGAAAUCCACUGUUCAGACACUGGCAGGCAAACAUCAACUGUAACAGUAAUGAAGCAUGCAUCAUUAUGGACUUUAACUUAGGGAGUGUUGUUAGUGUUAUCAUGGUUGAAGGAGAUGUUACAGAACAGCUGCCAGAAGUCUGUAAGAAAAUGGAGAGAUGCCUAUGCUUCUGGAAAGAUUUCAUGAACAAGCAGAGAUCUCGGCAUUACUACUUAAACUAUUUUACUGCAGAACAGGUAGUUUACCUGUGCAGUCAGCUCACCCAGACAAAUGUGACUAAUAUGAAAGAUCAAGUUCAUAUGAUGCUCUCCUUUGUCAAGCCUAAUUGCUCCCCUUCAGAUUUGAGGCAAGCCUGGCACAGGCUGCAAUACGAAGCAAUAAAGAAGGGUCCUGAGCAAAAUGAUGACUUAGACUUUCAAACCUUUGUGAUAGUCCCCUGUAUCGUUGAGAAUUAUAUGCAUGUUGAUGAGCCCUGCCCAUCGUUUGAUGACUUCGCAAGUCAGUUGGGGCAAGCUAGUGGGUCAGAAAAGCUAGAUGUGGUUUGGAAUGCUUACAUGCGAGACAUGAAAAAUUUCCUGCCAGACUCCCUUGAUGUUGCAAGUCUUGGAUAUCUUCUUGAAAUUUUGGCCACCAGCCCCAGUGAAUAUGAGGGAGAUUCCUUAAAGGUUACGGGAACAAGGAAUAUUCAGAGAGAACUGCCAAAUGGACUGGCUAGUGGAAGACCAAAUCUCAUCAUCUGCCCCUCUGAAGAAAUGCUGACGUCUUGCAUUUCAAUUUACAUGAGCAGCAAAGAUGAGCCUCUGCCAACCUAUGAUGAAGUACUCCUCUGUAGUGCUUCCACUCCAUAUGAAGAAGUGGAACUUUUCUUCAGGCGCUGUCUCACUGCUGGCUAUAAGGGAAAGAAGAUCUACACAAUGCUCUACGUGGACCAGCUUACCUACGAAGUGAGCUACAAAGUGGAGCAAUUCUUUCAGCAUCAAAAGGCACUGUGUAGAAAUGAUUACAGACUGGUGUUGGUAUGCAGCUCUAAUAAAGAACAUGCAUACCUUCCCUCAGCUUUUAGUCAAUUUAGGUUGCACUUGGUUCCUAAAGAACCACUGAGCAGUAUUCAGCAAUACCUUGUUAGGCAUUUUACAGUUCCAGAUGAUGUAUCCAGUGCUGCCGCUGUGUUCAAAGACAGGCAGUUUGUGGGAGUUGUUUCUUCUGAAAGAUCUGGAGUGGGAAAAUCACUUUACAUUAAACGAAUGUAUGAGAAAUUGAAGACGAUGACCAAGAAGUCUUCGCAGCUGAACUGCAUCAGGUUGAUUGAGCCAAGAGUUGAUGAAAAUGUCAUCCUUCGGUACUUGCUCAACAGCCCCAAGAAAAAGGAGCUUUCAGUCUUUCAUUUUGACAUCACCACCACGGUAAAAAAAGGACUCCAUGAAUUUCUAUUCAGGCUAUUAAUCCUUGGAUACCUCAUGGACUCAGAAGGAAACAUGUGGAAAAGCAAUAAUAAGAACUUGUAUGUCAUUGAGGUCCUUAGACCUGUUGGUGGUGCAUCCCGCAAUGGCACACAAGCUGGUGCAAAAGUCCACUCUACCUUCCUGGAUGUGUUUCCAAGUAUCUACUGUCGUCCACCCAAAGAGGUCCUUGAGUUGGAAAUGAGAAUCAAGGAGGAGUGUGAUGACCCCCUUAUGGAUGACCAAGAGUUCAAAAGUGAAGCCUACCAACGUCCUUACCAGUACCUACAACGUUUCUACAAUGGUGUCAGUUUGGAUGGUUUCAUGUACAACGGAGUUGAGGGAACUCAUGUUGAAUGCUUGCAGAUGUUGUUUGUGUACUGCGGCAUCAUAGACCCCUCUUGGGCAGAGUUGAGGAAUUUUGCCUGGUUCCUGAACUUGCAGCUUCGGGAUUGUGAGAGAUCUGUAUUCUGUAAUGUUUCUAUCAUAGGGGACAUUCUGAUAGGAUUCAAAAGUUUUGUUGUUGAGUUCAUGAUUCUCAUGGCUAAGGAUUUUGCCACUCCUUCACUUAGCAUCUCUGACCAGAGUCCAGGAAGACUGCACAAUGACAUUUCUGGUGCCAAUGAAGAGGACUUGGCUCCCUUUAGGAUAAGAAAACGAUGGGAGUCAGAACCACAUCCAUAUAUUUUCUUCAAUGAUGAUCACGAGUCCAUGACAUUUAUUGGCUUUCAUCUUCAGCCAAAUGCACAGAAUGGGGUUGAUGCAAUUGAUCCAUCAACAGACACAUUGAUCAAAAGUAACAUCAUGACCAGAGAGCUUUACGAGGGCCUUAAACUACAGAAAGUUCCUUUCAAUAUAGAUUUUGACCAGCUCCAGAGAUGGGAGAAAAUUGAGAGACUUUCAAGGGUCUUGGGAAUACAGUGGCCUCUUGACCCAGAUGAAACAUACGAGCUCACUACAGACAACAUUUUGAAAAUGUUGGCAAUUCAUAUGCGCUUUCGCUGUGGGAUUCCUGUCAUAAUCAUGGGUGAGACAGGUUGUGGGAAGACCAGGCUAAUAAAAUUCCUUUGUGAGAUGCACAGAAGUGGAGUUGCCACUGACAACAUGAAACUAGUCAAGGUUCAUGGAGGAACAAGUUCAGACAUGAUUUACACCAAAGUUAGAGAGGCAGAGACCAUGGCAUUAAGGAACAAGCAGGAUUAUGGUUUUGACUCUGUGUUGUUUUUUGAUGAGGCAAACACAACAGAGGCCAUAAGCAGCAUUAAGGAAGUCCUCUGUGACAACACUGGUGAGGGAGAGGAUUUGGCACGCAACACUGGCUUGCAAAUCAUUGCAGCUUGUAACCCAUACAGGAAACAUACAGACAAAAUGAUCCAGAGACUGGAGUCAGCUGGUUUGGGAUACAGAGUUAAAGCUGAGGAAACAGACGAAAAACUUGGAUCCAUUCCUCUUCGUCAGCUUGUGUACAGAGUGCAGGCUUUACCGCCUAGCAUGAUUCCACUAGUUUGGGACUUUGGACAGCUCAAUGACCAUACUGAGAAAAUGUACAUCAAGCAGAUUGUUGAAAGGGUAGUAGAAACCCAUUCCAUUGAUGAUAGCUUUAUCACAACCAUCACAGAUGUUCUGUCAGCUUCACAGAGGUAUAUGCGAACAACAAACGACGAAUGUAGUUUUGUGAGUCUGAGGGAUGUAGAGCGCUGCAUGCAAGUUUUUGGCUGGUUCUACAAAAACAAUAAAAUGUUACUCUCAGAGCUUUGCAAGUUUGAAAGUAUUCAGAGGACAGAGAGAAUUGAACAAAAUCAGAGGGAUACUAAUGAAAGAAAUCCAAUUCUGUGGUCAUUGCUUAUGGCUGUUGGUGUAUGUUACCAUGCCUGCUUAGAGGACAAAGACAAAUACAGAAGAAAAAUCUGCCAGUACCUCCCAGAGACCUACAGCCCAAUGAAAGUGAUUCAGGAAAUCUCAGUUAUUCAGGAUCUAUUUCUGAGUGGAGUUCCAAUGGGUGAAACCAUUGCUCGAAACAGUGCCUUAAAGGAAAAUGUAUUCAUGAUGGUCAUUUGCAUUGAACUACGAAUACCCCUCUUCUUGGUUGGAAAACCUGGAAGCUCGAAGUCCCUGUCUAAAACUCUGGUUGCAGAUGGCAUGCAAGGCCAGGCGGCCCAUUCUGAUUUGUUCAGAAAGCUGAAGCAGGUCCAUCUUGUGUCCUUUCAGUGCAGUCCUCAUUCUACACCAGAUGGGAUCAUUAAUACAUUCAAGCAAUGUGCUCGUUUUCAGGAAGGCAAGAAUCUAACAGAGUAUGUCUCAGUGGUAGUUCUAGAUGAGAUAGGCUUGGCUGAAGAUUCCUUGAAAAUGCCCCUUAAAACUCUACAUCCUUUGCUGGAAGAGGGGUGCAUAGAUGAUCAGCCAGUACCCCACAAAAAGGUGGGAUUCAUCGGUAUCUCUAACUGGGCUUUGGACCCAGCAAAGAUGAAUAGAGGAAUAUUUGUUUCUCGUGGUGAUCCUGAUGAGAAGGAAUUGAUUGAGAGUGCCAAAGGCAUUUGUUCCUCAGAUGCCAUGAUUCUUGAGAGAGUGAGAGAUUACUUUCAGCCAUUUGCUUGCGCAUACCUCAACAUCUAUAAGAAAGGCGGAAAAGGUUUCUUUGGCCUGAGAGACUAUUACAGCUUGAUAAAGAUGAUGUUUGCUGUUGCCAAAGCCUCUGAUCAGAAGCCUAGUGCAGAACAUAUUGUGAAGGCUGUGCUAAGGAACUUCAGUGGCAAAGAUAAUGUGGAUGCUGUCACAGUGUUCACCAGCAGACUAAAUAUCAAAACCAAGCUUGAAAGGAUCAGUGCCAUUGAGCUUGUAAGAGAGAACAUAACAGCCAUUGGCCAAGAUGAGGAAUGUAGAUACCUGCUGGUUCUGACCAAAAACUAUGCAGCUCUUCGGAUUCUUCAGCAAACAUUUUUUUCAGAGCAGUGUCAACCAGAGAUCAUCUUUGGCUCAAGCUUUCCGAAAGACCAGGAGUAUACUCAGAUAUGCCGUAACAUUAACCGUGUGAAGAUUUGUAUGGAAACUGGUCAAACCAUUGUGCUCCUGAACCUGCAGAACUUGUAUGAAAGCUUGUAUGAUGCUCUCAACCAAUAUUACGUUUGUCUUGGAGGUCAGAAAUAUGUGGAUUUGGGACUUGGAACCCACAGGGUAAAAUGCAGAGUGCACAAAAAUUUCAGGCUCAUUGUCAUUGAGGAGAAAGAGGUUGUCUACAAGCAGUUUCCAAUUCCUUUGAUCAACAGGCUUGAGAAACAUUUUCUUGACAUUAGUACUGUACUGAAGAAUGAGCAAAAGGAGCUUGUUAAGGAGCUUGAAAACUGGGUUAAACUCUUUAGUGCUGCUAAAGGCCAACAGUCAAGUGCUCCCCAAGAACGGCAUUAUCUUCCAGCAGAUAUUUUCAUUGGCUACCACUCUGACACUUGUGCUUCUGUUGUUCUGCAAGUUACAGAGCAGCUCAAAGGGCAAAUUGAGCUUUCAGAUCCUAGAAAAUGCCUCUUAGAUGAGGCAAAAUUGAUCCUUCUGAACUGUGCUACACCAGAUGCAGUGGUUCGACUAGACUGCACUGCUCUCUCCAGUGUGGAAAGUGAACACUUGUCAAGGGUGUACUUUGAAGACCAGAAGCAUAGCUCCCUUGCUGACUUUAUCCUCUCUCAUACACAGCAAGCAGAGCUUAGCCAUGCCUUUUUCACAGAGGUGACAACAUUCUCAAGACUUCUGACAGCAGCAGAAUCUGCACAGCUACGGAAUAUAGUUAAAAAUAUAGAGCUCCUUUCACUACAGCAGUUUGACACGGAACACUCAUUCCUCAAGAAAAUCAGGAAUUACUUGGAAAACACCACCGGGAACAAGAUACUGAUCAUCCAAAACGAUUUUGAUGAAGGCUCCCAAAGUUUGAACGUCAUUGCAUCUGCAAAGUAUUCUUCUGUCAAUGAAAUUAACAAAUUCAGGAAAGAGGACAAUGGAAAGAUUUUUGUUUACUUCAUCACUAAACUACCAAGAAUGGAUGGUGGAACUUCCUAUGUUGGAUUUCAUGGUGGCCCAUGGCAGUCAGUCCAUAUUGAUGACCUCAGAAGAUCAAAAGAGAUUGUCUCUGAUAUAAAAGCCUUGCAAUGUCUGACCAUCAGCCAGCUGUUUGAGGAGAAAGCAGAUGAAGCUAUGGAGGUUGAGAACAUGUACACAGAGGCCGAACAAGAGAAGAUGGAGCUAGAAGACAAUACUGGCUUGAAACAAUUUUUGGACACCUCAGCGCUCGUGCGUAGCUGUGUUCAGAGUGCAGUUGGCAUGCUCAGAGAUCAGACUGAGGCAGGCACCCGCAGCACCAGGAGAGUAGAGAUUCUGCUAAUGCUCUUGACUGACAACGAGACUCUUCAAGCUGCAUUUCUGAAAACUGUCAAGCAGCGACUUCACUCGCUACUGCUGACUCUCGAUGAAAACACAAUUUCGGCCAAGAGCUGGGUCUCCAAAGAAGCACAGAAUAUUGAUGCCUUGCAGGAGGGUGGGACAUUUAGACAUGCCCUGUGGAAGCGAGUGCAAGCAUUAGUUACUCCUAUCUUGGCCCAACUCAUUUCAAUUAUUGAUCGUGACUGCAAUCUCAACCUUUUGCUGGAUGAAAAUUCUGGAGAACCAUUGAAGAAACUAUGGUUGGACAUUUUCGGAAAUGCAAAGUUACUGAAUGUUCCUUUCACAAAAGUGGACAACAACUCCGGGACAAAGACGAUCUUGGUCCAGAACUAUAUUGCUGUUGACAGAAACAUGGGUUGCACCAUGCCUUUCAGCUGGAGAAUUAAAGAUUAUCUGGAGGAGCUCUGGGUACACGCUUUGCAGCGAGAAGGACACACUAUAAAGCAAUUUGAAAAGUUCUUUUGGAAGACCCCCUUAGGCAGGUACAUCUCUGAAGCAACCCAACAGAUGCAGACAGAGUUUUUCCACAGGUAUCUUCAGGAUUUUAUCUCCAUGACCAUGAGUGUUACAUCGGAGUUGGACCUAGAGCUUUUACGUGGAGCCCUUACUUGUGGUGUGAAUGAGCUUAGAGCCGGCCAGGAAGCCCAUGAAAGUGAAGUCAUUUCUCUGCCGUGGGUUCAUGCUGCUUACCAUCAUUUCAAGAACCGCAUACAGAACUUCUAUAGAAUGAUCAGUAUAGAACCUCAGAUAGCUGAAAUACUCCUGGGUAAUAGAAAUGCCAGAGAGGGCACAGAACUGGUGUUGGAUGUGUUUGGUGCUUUGGCCUGCAUUGAAUACCUGGAGCCUCAGACUCUAAAUGGAGAUGCUGAAUGUCUGACCUGGCUUAGACGUGUAAAGAAGCUACAGGUGCCAAUUGAGCUGGUGUGCUGUGAGGAGAGCCAACGGCAGUAUAGCGUGAGGACCCAACAAAUGACCACCCGCAUCCAGCAUGGCUGGCGUCGCAUUUUCUCUCUUGCAUUGUUUGUGGAGCACAUGUUGCUGGGUAUUGGGGAAGUGGAAUGGCCGCUGGUUCUCCAACACACUCGACACCUAGCACAAGUCCUAGAGCCGGACUCAGACCUCAAAAUGAAGCAGCCAUUUGAGGCAGUGAUCACCGUACUCAAAGCCUGCAAAGACAGAGCAUCACAGAGCAUUUUUAGGUUUGGCAUACAGCCAUGUCCAGUGUGCAUGGGAGACCCUCAAGACCCUCUGAGUCUGCCCUGUGACCACAUCUACUGCCUGAUCUGUAUCAAAAAGUGGCUAAUGCCCGGUCAGAUGCACUGCCCACUGUGUAUACAGGAAGUGCCUGAUGAUUUUGUGCUAAAGGCCUCUGACACCAUACGGGCUCUCAUCAGUCGAAAUGCGUCAUUCAGAAAGCGCUGUAAUGCUUUCUUCAUUGAUCUGGUGUCCACCGUGUGCUUCAAGGACAACACCCCACCCAGCAGAGACAUCAUCCUCCACCUGUUGUCCCUCCUCAUGGUAGAGCCCGGCUCACUCCCAAACAUCAGAGGACAAGACCGGCGGUUCUUGACUAAGGCUCUCUCUCCGUUUGAUGACUCUGUGGAUAAAAAUCCAGUGGUGCGUUCUGUGGUGCUGAAACUGCUGCUCAAGUACAGCUUUGAUGAUGUGAAGCACUAUCUUCAGCAGCAUCUGAAAGAAAUUGAGCAAAACAACAUCAUAGAGGAGUCUGAUAAAACGGAGCUUUAUUCCUUGUACAUAAACUGCUUAGAGGACUCAAUGUAUGAGCGGAUGCAGUGGCACUCUGCGGCAGAGCAGCAUGUGUGUCUGCAGGAGGAAACACACUUUCUGCAGGACUUCCUACAGUCUGAUUCUGUGUCCAAACACACUGCGUCUAUUGAACACCUGCAGCAGCUGGCCAGAGUUCGACUCGGUCUGGAUAUGGCUGCUGACCUGCUAGUUAACGGAGUGGUUACUGCUGGAGGUGUACCUAAUGGCCCUUCAGUGUUUUUGGAGAGUGUGGUGGAUCUGUGUCGCCGCAGCAGGAACGACUGGUACAGAGUCUAUCUCAUCAGAAAGGUCUGCAGUCUUCAGGGGGUUGAAUUUGUUCAGAAACUUCUACCACAGAAAGAGUUCGGGUGGCUGUUUCCUGAGGAGAUUCUGCAGUCGAAUCAAGACAGCAGUCAGAUUGACCACUAUCUAGUGUGUGGAAUGGCCUACAAAACUAUCAGAGAUGCAGUAGCCAAAGCCAUGCUGGAUGGAAACAUGGAGAGAAUACAAAAAGCCGUUGAGGAUUGCAACAGCACACCAAUGAAGAAGGCUGUUUAUCUGCUGAUGGCUUUGUUUCGAGAGGUCACCUUCCUGUAUAGAUCAAACAACCCCAACACGCACCCUAAAACUGCGCAAUGUGCUGCUCUUGAAGAGUUCAUCAGGAGCUCAAGCGUCUUUGUCAGUGAUGAAAUGCGAGCGUUUGCCGGAGCGCUGGUGAAUAAUCGUCUGUGCGCUCUGCGUGUGCGAGCACAAGCGUCAGGAAGAGAGCAUGUGCUGGUGGAGGUCACAGUUCACAUGGCUGCAGUCCUGUUGUGUGGAAACCUGCCUUUACUUCAGCCACUGCAGCAGCUGGCACUGGCCCCACACAACAUGAGGGCUUCAUUCAUCCCCACUAUGCCCGAUGACAUGUUGGCUGUAGCGCAGCAGGCCAUGGGAAACCUGCAGUGGUACUUCUGUCCUAAUGGUCAUCCAUGCACUGUUGGUGAGUGUGGUCAGCCCAUGGAGAUCAGUCGUUGUCCUGACUGCAAUGAACAAAUAGGGGGCGAGAACCACCGGCCUGUACAGGGCUUCAGAAUCAUUCAAAGACAAGGGGAUCGCACUCAGUCGGGGCACAUUCUGGGCGCUGCACAGAGGCGUGACCAUCCUGACAUGCAGGACACCAAGAACAUGUCACCAGCGCCCUUCACUCUGCUCAGACUGAUCACACACAUGUCCAUGCUGCUGGGAGCUGAGAACAGCCCUCAGAGUAUCAUUCAAAUCAUCAAGCCUGCUGUGCUGGAUCCCGGGCCGUUCCUGAUGGCUCAUCUUCUGAAGGACAUUGAGCAGCUGAGCAGAGCUCUGGGGAAAGGUGUAGAUGACACAGUCAUCUGCAUCAAUCUGACCAUCCACAGUCUAUUGGAACCACACCAGACCAACCAGUGGCCUGUUCAGUAUGAUCAAAUCCUUUCCACUAAAGAUAAAAGAAAUGGUUGGGAAAAUGCCAUGAAUACUGAUGUCAUCACACAUCAGCUGAAGGUGUUGGAGCAUCAGCUUAAGGACGUGAACGACUUCAUCAGGAACGAUGAGCGAGUGUCAUCUAAUCCAGUGUUGAAGUUGAUGUUUGGAGAUCCGGAGCUUUUCCUGCACUCUCUGCCUCAGAAGUCCCUCAUCCACAACUCCUCUAUCUGGAGCUGCAGGAGGAAGAUCUCAAUGCUCAGUCUGGCUCACAUUGUGGAGCAGAACGAUGGGCGGGACACUCUGCCUGUGCUCUGGAGGUUCCUGCAGAAAGAGGCAGAGCUUCGGCUGGUGAGGUUCCUUCCCGACAUCUUGGCUCUCCAGAGAGAUUUGGUCAAGAAGUUCCAGAACGUGACAGACUUCACUUACAACACCAUAGCAGAGUUCCUACAAAGCCAGAAAGCAGCGUCAUUUAAUGCUUGGUAUGAAAAACAGAUUAAAGUCUUCUUGUCUACAUGGAACCAACUCAGAGUAUCUCUGGCCACCACAGGUGAGAUAAAGCUGCCAGUGGAGUACACUCAGGAUGAUCUGGGUUGGGACGCAGAUCUGCAGGUGCUGUUGCCUCAGAGACGAGGUCUGGGCUUGUGCUCCACCGCGCUCAUCAGCUAUCUCAUCACCCUUCAUAAUGACCUCAUUUACACUGUGGAAAAACACACCAGAGAGGAGACUGGUUACACUGUGAGCCCAGUGGAUCUGACGGAGCUGCACGUGAUCCGUUAUGAGUACGAGCGAGAUCUGCUGCCGCUGGUGCUGUCUAACUGUCAGUACAGUAUGGAGCGCGGUCAGGAAACGCUGCUUGAGUAUGACCUGCCCAACAUACAACAACAAAUCCUCACACGCUUUCUACAGGGCAAACCACACAUCACUGUUAAUGGGAUUCCGACACUGGUCAGCAGACAUGACAGAAACUACGAGAUCAUAUUUAAGGAUGUGAAGAGCAAAGUUCAACAAGAGUCGUUGCAGCCUCUGACGCAGUUCGAGCUGGUGAAAGAGCUGCAGAGCUACAGUGAAGUGUGUGAAGCACUGUCUACAGUCGAGCUGGCGCUGGGGUUCCUCGCCAUGACGGGUGGAGAGCCACAAAUGCAGCUGAGCUCAUAUUUGAAGGAGGUGUUACAGAUGGCCGAGCAGACGGCCCCACACGUCUUCAAGGCUUUGAGCAGGUGCAGUUUGAAACACUGUGUGGCGCUGUGGCAGCUUCUCAGCUCUCUCAAAUCAGAGACGAUGAUUCGCCUGAAGGGGGACCCAUUUGUGUCAAUCAGUGAAGAGUACAAGCGUCCCCUGCAAGAGGAACACAAAACUCUGCUCACUAGUUUUUUCACUAAAGCCAGUGCUGAUAACUUCCUGCUGGAGAUGCAUGAGUUCCUGCUGUUGGUCUUGAAGAACCCUAAAGCCACAGACACCUUCAGACCUGACUGGGGUCUGAAAGACACUGUUGGAUCCUACAUAGAGCGAAAAGAUCUGGACAUUCCUCCAGAGGUGGACGAGUUCUUCCCUCAAGAGAUCCUGCUCUCACAAUACAUCGAAGCGUGGAAGUUCUUCGUUCUUCUCAGACAAGAACGAAACCAAAGAUAGAUCCUGGAUGAAGCACUUUUGUAGUCUUUCUCAGCCUCUGAGAGCAAAAUCCCAAUUCUUCAUAUCAGGGAAUAAAUCUUAAACUGUGAUGUAACUGUGUUUAGAACAAUUGCUCAGAACUGACUUUUGAAACAGUGCCUUUUGUGCACCAAAGGCGUUACAUGCUGCUGCAUACGCACUCCAUUUAUAAACAAAACUGUAUACUGUAAUAGUAAGGUACAAUCUGUCAAAGUCAUCUAUAAGUCGGCAAGUACAAUAAACAUUAGUAUAACAAUUCAACUCAAUUGUAACUCCACCACUAUAAACUUUUCCUUCCAGUUGUAUGUUUUGGAAAAAUUACUUUUUUAUUUGUUUUCUUGAAGUUGCUUUAUGAUACAUGUAUAGACCUAAGGCACACAUCUUCUUAGACACAUUUUUGGAUUUAAAAUUGGGUGAAUUCUCAUAUACACUCCACAACAUGACCCAGACCUGAACACAUUCUUCUCCAUGUCUUAAAAGCACCUUUCGUGAUAGUGUCAUUGUAUUGCUUAGUGUAGUUUAAAAGAUGUUUUCAGAUUUACAGCUUUUCAGGGAUUUCUAACCUUGUGUUGAACUGCACUUUGUCAUUCUCUGUGCCCUUGCUAUCUAUAAGCAACAUUUCUAUGGACCAACAUGUUUGCUGGAAUUUUCUGUGACAUUUGAUUAAAAGGUUAUUAAAUAUCUUCAUAUACCUCAA